GGUGAUGUGGGUGGAAAGGAAGAGAAGAGAGACGAUUGGUGGAGAAGGAGGAAGGGGGAGAAAGGAAAGGAAAGAGAAGGGAAGGGAAGGGAAGGGCAGGGAGGGGAGUGAAGAGAGACAGAGGAAAGAUAGAUAAAGCGAUAAGAAAGCUCUUCUGUUUGCUGCUACGUAUGGCUACUCCACACAUAUAAAAUAUAGAUAUGCAUUGUCCUGAUCCUUCUUUGCCCUUCUUGUUUGCAUGCCACCAAUGACAAGAACUAUCCAUGAUGCAGAAGAAUGAUGGCAACCACGACAAUAACAGCGUGUAGCAAUGUAGGUGUCCAAGGGGCGUUCAGACAGCUGGGCGGGCAGUAUUCGUUUCUCAUUCUUCACACUCUUAGGUAUACUCUCCUAUACUCUUGUACUCUUGUACUCUUGUACCCUUACACCCUCAUCCUCUCUGGGACUCUUCCUCUCUCUACAUCUCUUCUACGCAUCUCUUGUCCCUCUCCCCCUUCCUCGCCCUCGCCCUCGCCCUCUCUCACUUACAACUUUACACGUCUUCUUCCUUGCGUUGCGUUGCCCUCCCCUCCCCCUCCGCCUCUCCUUCUCCGCCCCAUUCGCAUGAGCUCACUUGAUUCACAGGAUGCUGAAAAGUGGUGCUUUGGUCAAAUGCCGAAUGCCCCUGUUUUAUUUCCACCCAGGUUAGAGCGUCUAUCUCGUCACUUGUGCUGGUCUCCAAAAGAUCGAUGUACGGUGCGGGUAUCUUCUUAUGAAUAGCUAACCUUUCCUUUAUUUUACGUUCACCUCCAUUUUCAUUAAUGCAUCCAUCCAUCAUAUGUGGAUGUGUGUAUGUAGCAUUUCUUCAAACAAAAGAAGAUGUUCAAAAUCAUCCUAAACAUUUCAGAUAUUAGCCCGGUUAGCAUGAUGUUCUAAACGCCUAUCGCUAUUAACUGGUCCCAAAUUACCUUAUCCAGCGCGCAAUGGUCCCUCGCAUCAGCGAACCCCAGCUUCGCCCCGAACCACACCGCGCCCCUUCAAAUAGUACAAAACUAUCUUACACUUCUUAUUCUUCAUCUUUUGAAGCAGAUGACGAGAGAUCGAGUUCCGCUGAUCACGAUAGUAUGGGGCCCGAUAUUGGUUCUGCACAUAGAGAUGUUCCUGCUCAGUAUGCGGGUGAGGACACACGAUUGACGAGUCGGAAAGAGUUGUCGGGAUGGUACGCCUAUGGAUUUGCUGCGGAGGUUUUCGUCAUUUGUGGUAUUGGAUCCUUCAUCCCGAUUACCUUGGAACAAUUGGCAAGAGAGAAUGGAGUCCUACUUUCAGAUCCAACACAACCAUGCGGUUCGAGCUCUACACAUCUACCACCAGGCUUAAACCCAGGAAAUGCAAAAGAUUCACAAUGUGUGAUUUAUAUCGGCGGACUACAGAUUAAUACUGCUAGUUUUGCUAUGUAUAGUUUCUCUCUCAGUGUUCUCUUUCAAGCGAUACUGGUAGUUUCAAUUAGUUGUGCUGCAGAUCAUGGGAAUUAUCGCAAACGUCUGCUGUUAUUCUUUGCGUUCGCCGGAUCUAUAACGACUAUGUUGUUUCUAACGGUUGUCCCGAAAGUGUACUUGCUAGGGGCUCUCUGGGCAAUAAUCUCAAAUACCUGCUUUGGGGCAAGUUUUGUGCUGUUAAAUUCAUUUCUUCCCCUACUUGUCCGACAUCAUCCGAAAACUCAAUAUGGCACGCCGGAUUUUUCACCGGAGUUGCAUCCCAGUUUCGUCGAUGAAUACCCUCCAGAACACUCCCUGGGCGAGUCAGAGGCUGAGGUGUAUGAUGAAAGAAGCGCACUGCUGUCGCACAAUAGGACCCUUUCGGAAGCUCCUGACGUAACGGAGCCUUUGCCGCUAUCUGCAGAUUCUACUUCGAUUGAGCUUCAAUUGUCUACCCAAAUUUCUUCGACUGGUAUAGGAAUCGGUUAUAGUGCCGGUCUCUUUCUCCAAUGCGUAUCCAUUAUCAUUAUAUGGCUGCUCAAAGGUACAACCUUCUCCCUACGACUCGUAUUAUUUUUCAUAGGAUUAUGGUGGUUCCUGUUUACAAUUCCUGCCGCAUUAUGGCUUCGGCCUAGACCAGGACCACCAUUACCAUCCACGGGGAAUAGAAAUUCAAAGGGCUCAAGAAGUUGGUUGGCUUAUACCAUCUACGCUUGGUCAUCUCUCUUCCGCACCGUAAAACUCGCUCGACGAUUGAAAGAUAUAACCCUUUUCUUGGCAGCGUGGUUCCUCCUCUCCGAUGCCAUUGCAACUGUCUCGGGAACAGCAGUUCUCUAUGCUAAAACUCAACUUCGCAUGGCACCCGAAGCACUUGGCCUCAUUAAUGUCAUCGCGACUACAGCAGGCGUUCUAGGUGCAUUCUCAUGGGCAGCUAUUUCCCGCGCUCUCAAUCUGAAGCCCCAUCAAACGAUUCUCGCAUGUAUAUGCAUAUUCGAAUCGAUCCCUUUGUACGGUCUCCUGGGGUUUCUCCCCAUCGUCAAACGCUGGAACGUCAUCGGUCUCCAACAACCUUGGGAAAUGUAUCCUCUCGGGUUCAUUUACGGUUUUGUCCUCGGUGGGUUAAGUAGUUAUUGUCGCUCCCUAUUUGGUGAACUGAUCCCCCCGGGAUCCGAGGCAGCAUUCUAUGCUCUAUACGCUAUUACAGAUAAAGGAUCUAGUGUGUUUGGCCCCGCAAUUGUGGGAGCAAUUGUCGAUGGAACGGGCGAAAUUAGACCAGCUUUUUGGUUUUUGGCGGUUCUAGUUGGAUUGCCCGCUCCAUUGAUUUAUUUCGUUAAUGUAGAAAGGGGUAAGGAAGAAGGUGCGAGGUUGGCGGAAAUCAUCGAGGGCUUUAGAAUUAAGGAUGCUGAGAUUGCUAGUGGUGAGCAUAGUUCAACAGAGAGUAUCAGUGAAGAUGAGAGAGGAAGGGAUCAUAGAGAAAUUAGUCCUCAUGAUGAGGAGAGAGAAGGAAGACGGAGAAAUGAUAUAUGAAAAUGAUUUUAGCGAUGGCUUAGCGAUUCAAAUUUGAGUUUUUGGGUAGCGGGAGAAAGUUUUAGGUAUAUUGUGAUGGAUUUUAAGGGCGAUAUGCGUGUCGUUAAUACCGUCUUUCCUACUUGUAGGUACUAGGUGGUCGGAUGGGAUGCGUAUCUUCAAAUUUGGAUUUGGAUUUGGAUUGAGAAGAUGGAUAUGGAAGAUGGAGAUAUGGCGUGAAACACGUGGCGUUUUUAACAGAAUGAAUAAAUGAAUGAACGAAAAUUUGGCUGGGGGGUUGAGUGAGUUAGAUUGGAUUGGUAGUGAUUUAUAGUUGAGUGACCUGGUAUUUGGGCGAAGAAAUGAAAUGAAAUGAAAUGACGAUGCAGCUAAUGAGUUUAGUUUGAUACUAUGUAUACUGAAAUGAAGUCGUAGGUAUUAAAACGAAAGGAUGAGAGUGCAAAAUGCGAAUUCAAGCGCGAGGAGAGAGGGUUUGAGAGGGGAGAGAAGGUAGGUAAAGUAAAUCUUUGAAUAGCUGACUGACACA